AUGCCACGUCUACUGAAAGGCUGGCUUCCUAAUUUUGGCCCGACCAAGGUCACCCCGAAGUCUACAAUCAACGAGGAAGCUACGCCCACCUCUCGGCCGGAGGGACUGAGCCAGAUAUGCAUCGCAUCACCAAAGGACACAUUCAAUCACGGGCGCUACGAAGCCAUACGGCAACUUGGGGCAGGUCGAUACUCUCAUGUCUGGCUAGCGAGAGAUCUUGAGUAGGUUUAGUAUAAGCCAUGUGUGCCCACUCCCACUGAUGCGUGUGAUAGGAAGGAAUCUUUCGUAGCAUUAAAGCUGCUGAACGCAGACUGUUAUGGCGGCAACCAUGAUAUCUUUGAGGUUGACAUAGUGAAGGCUAUUUCCCAUCGGCAGAACAAGCUCGAGGAUACCAGCGAAUCUCACGUCAUUGAAUUUCUGGAUGUCUUUGAUACGGAAUCACAGGCCGGCACGCACCGAUGCAUAGUGAUGCCGGUGCUUGGUUGUGAUCUCGACGCCCAAGCUCGAAGAUUUCCUGGGCGUCGAGUACCAGUCCAAAUCAUGAAGCAGAUCACUCGACAGCUGCUACUAGGCUUGGAGUUCCUACACAAUAGUUGCAGAGUGAUCCACACAGGUGCAAUCAUUUUACGACCGCUUAGAGUUCCGGCUAACUCCAUUGUAGAUCUCCAGCCUUCGAAUGUAUGCUUUGAAAUAACCCAGACUGAGAUUGAUCGUAAGUAUAGAAGCCUACAUAGCUAACAGACCAUUACUAAAGGCGUCUCCAGGUAUAGCGCAAGGCGCAUCUGCCGAUGAGGUCACAACUACGAUUACUGGGACCAAUCAAGACUGCGUUAGGAUCAUUGAUCUGGGUGUUGGUAUGAAAACGUAAUCCAGCCUCCUGACUGGUCUAUAGACUAACGGUGACUCAGCGUCCUGGGUGGACAAGCAUCUCAGCGACAAUAUCCAGCCGGAGCAUCUCAGAGCUCCUGAAGUCAUUAUCGGCGCUUCAUGGGGUCCUGCCGUGGAUAUUUGGAGUCUGGGCUGUCUUGUAAGGGUUACUGACUCCAGUCAUUAUCAGUUGUUAUUUUGACGACGAAGGAUAGGCAGCACACUGACCUGAGUUCUAGGUCAUCGAGUUCACGAAAGGUCAUAUUGCGUUUCCCGGUGCUGCAUCAAAAGACGGUGCCUGGAGCUCAGAGGAUGACCACCUAGCCCAAUACAUGGAAGUGCUGGGGCCCAUGCCUUUGACAUUGUUACAACGUGGCUCCAAGACCAGCAAAUACUUUGACGAAGAGGGUUCGUAUUGCUCACAAAAUCAGGUGAUCUGCACGCAUAUGCACCGAUGGUGAAGCUAACUGUUCUGAUUCGAACAGGCAGGCUUCUUCGCAUACCAAAACUGCAAAAUACCAGUCUUCGGGCUUAUGUAGACGGCGAAGAUGAGCCCUUCCGUCGGCCGAGUGACAUGCACGAAGACGAGGUGCCAGUAUUUGUGGACUUCCUACAGGGUGCAUUGGCACUCGACCCUGUAGACCGCCGCACGGCGACGGAGCUACUGCAGCACCAAUGGCUUCAGGGCAAUCACGCAGAAUGAGAUGAUGUUGCUGCCACAUGCGCGUACGCGCAGGAGCGCCUACUAAGCAAUCUACAGACCAUGAAAGUCUUAUGAAACGCAACGCACGGUUGGUUCGACUAGCUUGAUGCUCACAGCCAUCAAUUGAGAUCUGCCGCAGAGCAAAGACAUCGCCGGGGCUCAGCAGCAUCUCAAGAAGGGAGCUGCCCGUGAGAUGCAUUGGCACCGAGUCGCGGAGUGGGGCUUUGUAUACGCCGGCAGAGUAGCAGUCGGCGCCGUCGAUGAGAAUGGCAAGAACUCUUGGGACAUCCUGGAGGUUGGGGAUAUUUGGUACUUUCCCAAGGUAGGCCCUCAGAGUGCUCCAGAUCCAUUCCUAUGAAAUGCUCAUAACUUGCACAGGGAGCCGCCCACGUCGUCCAAGGCCUUGAAGACGAGAACGAAUACCUUCUGGUCUUCGACGAUGGCAACUUCGAAGCCGCUGGCACCACUUUCAAUGUGGACGACUGGAUCGCUCACACGCCAAAGGAUAUCCUGGCCAAGAAUUUUGGAGUCAACGAGUCCAUAUUCAAUUCCGUGCCUGCUACGAACCCAGUAAUCGCAGCAGGGAACGUAUCCAACAGCACAGUCGACCACCCAUACGGCGACCUGAGUGCCAACAAGAGCAGCUCUUACGUUAUCCACUCCGGGGAUGUUGCCCCUAUCGUGGCACCAGGAGGAGGCGGAACGAUCCAGAUCUUUGAUUCGCGCAGCUUUCCCAUCUCGACGACCAUCGCCGCGUCAGUCGUGACCAUCAAGCCUGGUGGGCUUCGAGAGUUGCACUGGCACCCAACCGCUGAAGAAUGGGUUUACUUUGCUCAGGGACAGGCCCGAGCCACCAUCUUCACAGGCAAUGCCGCCGCCAGAACGUUCGACUUCGCGGCGGGUGAUACUGCCGUCUUCCCGGACAACUCUGGGCACUAUGUCAUCAACACCUCCGAGACGGAAGAUCUCGUCUGGAUUGAGAUAUUCAAGGCGGACCGGGUUGCGGACAUUUCGCUGACGCAGUGGUUGGCCUUGACUCCAGCGGCGGUAGUGUCGCAGAUUCUCAAUAUCUCAGUAGACGCUGUGAAGACCUUGAAGAAGCAGAAGCAGUUGAUCAUUGCUUGA